GGCGGGGUCUGUCCGCGUGUGAGUGAGAGCCACCAAAACCAUAUGGCAUGUUAAGUUUUGUCGCCUGACAGACGCGCUAGUUUGCUGUGGUUUAUUCUACCUCAUAUCAAAUCAUUUGCGUUCUGUCAUAUACAUUUGUUACUGCUACCUUCCAGGAAUACGAGCUGUUAUUUAUUUAACCAGUCGUAGUGAAACUUUUGCACUGUUUGUUUGUUUUCGCUGAACUGCGCGCGACCCAUCGUGAGGAUGAUGCACAGCUCUCAGAAGGACACCACAUACACCAAGAUCUUCGUCGGAGGUCUUCCGUAUCACACCACCGACUCAAGCCUCAGAAAAUACUUUGAAGUGUUUGGAGAAAUCGAGGAGGCUGUUGUCAUUACUGACAGGCAAACUGGAAAAUCCAGAGGCUAUGGUUUUGUGACGAUGGCUGAUCGAGCUGCAGCAGAAAGAGCUUGUAAGGACCCAAACCCCAUCAUAGAUGGUAGGAAAGCUAAUGUUAACCUGGCGUACCUGGGGGCCAAACCACGGAUCAUGCAGCCAGGAUUUUCAUUUGGUGUCCCUCAAAUACACCCCACGUUUAUCCAACGGCCUUAUGGAGAUAGUGAGGAUGAUCAUUCCCCAUUACUGUAUCCUCCCCCUUUCCGCCAGGUUAUGAGGAUUCCUGCUCACUAUGUGUACCCGCAGGCAUUCGUGCAGCCCAGCGUCGUGAUCCCGCACGUCCAACCGUCCGCGGCCUCUGCGGCGGCCGCAGCCUCUCCGUACUUGGAUUACACCGGCGCGGCCUACGCGCAGUACUCCGCUGCCGCCACCGCUGCUGCCGCCGCCGCUUACGAUCAGUACCCGUACGCUGCCUCACCAGCCGCCACGGGUUACGUCACCACGACCGGCUACGGUUACGUCCAGCAGCCUCUCGCGUCUCCUGCGCCCGGCGCUACGGCGGCCGCGUUCGGUCAAUACCAGCCGCAGCAGCUCCAGACGGACCGCAUGCAGUGAGAUGAAGAAAACAAAAGCUGGUCGUUUGACCAUUUAUGACUGUGCCACUUUUUACCGUGUCAGCCAAAGAAACUGAUAUACUUUUUUAUUGUUCUGUUACUGUUAUUAUUGCUGUUCUCGUCAUUUUAUUUGUAGUAUUUAAUAUUUAUUACGAAGAAGAAAGCUGUAGGCUGUAGCUAGUCAAACAUGAUGCUGUUAAUUAACUCUUCAGUGCCACUAAGUUUCUUAUGUACAAGCAUUUAAGGAAUAUUAUACAGUUUUCUCACCCUCAUGUCAUUGAAAACCCUUACAGUAUCACUUUACAAUAAGGUCUCAUUUGUUAACAGUAGUUAAUGAUUAGCUAAAAUGAACUAACAAUGAGCAAUAUAUUUUUAAAGCAUUUGUUAAAGGGUUAGUUCACCCAAAAAUGAAAAUUCUGUCAUUAAAUACUCACCCUGAUGUCGUUCCACACCUGUAAGACCUUCGAUCAUCUUCAGAACACAAAUUAAGAUACUUUUGAUAAAAUCUGAGUUUU